AUGAUGGUCGCCACAAACGAAGACAAGGCAGUUCCAGUAAGGAAAACGCUGAUGUCAAAGGUCCGGUUCCUGACCACAACCGGUGUUGGGCAGUUCGCUGACGGCUAUCUCAACACAACUAUCGGCCUCGUCGUUCCCAUGCUCGGUUACCUAUACUGGCAGGACAACAAGAAUAUCGCCCCGGUCAUCCAGCAAGACACUAUGAAAAGCGCCCUGCCCAUUGGCAUGAUCAUUGGGCAGGUCCUCUUCGGGAUAUUCGGCGACGCCUUUGGCCGACAGAGCGUCUACGGCAGGGAGCUGCUCUUGACGAUGGUCGGGACUCUGCUGGUGAUCACCAUGCCGCCGCACAUGAGCCGCAACGGCGUUGUCUGUUGGGUGACUGUCUUUCGUAUAGUCACAGGGCUCGGCAUCGGCGGGGACUAUCCAAUGACAGCAUCCCUGGCGGGCGAAGAAAACCUUGGCUGGUCGCGCCGCAAGACUGUGCUUGCAGCCUUCUCGUGGAGCGGCGUCGGUGCCUUGGCAGCUGCGAUCAUAUUUGUGGUGCUACUGGCGGCCUUCAAGUCGUCGGUGGAGGCGAAUUUGUACCAUCUGCAGUGGGUGUGGCGCCUACUGCUGGGCAUCGGCCUUAUUCCGUGUGCGCUGACUCUAUAUGCGCGACUGCGGAUUCGCGAGACCCAGCCCUAUCGGGAAUAUGUCGAGGCCCGCACCCAACAGGGCGACCUCCCAUCAAAGCACCAACGUGGCCUACAUGAGCAAUUUGCCGACUUCCGCGCAUACUUUGCGGAGUGGCAGCAUAUGCGCACGCUUCUGGCUAUUUCGCUCAUCUGGUUUCUGUUUGAUAUUGCCUUUUACGGCGUUAACCUUAAUCAAGGCGUCAUCUUGGCGCGCAUUGGCGUUUCCGGCGGCAGUACGCCCUGGCAGGUGCUUCACAACACGGCUGUUGGCAACAUCAUCCAAGUUUCGGCAGGCUACGUUCCAGGCUAUUGGCUGGGCAUCUUCUUGCCCGACUGGCUCGGUCACCGCCGGCAACAGUUUCUCGGCAGCGCGGCCGUCACGAUCCUCUAUGCAGCAUGGGCCGGCGUGACAAACCACGCGAACACUGGUGGCCUCGUCGCGCUCUUUACAAUUUCGCAACUGAGUCUCAACGCCGGCCUGGCGUCCACCACAUUCUUGGUCCCCGUCGAGGUUUUCCCGACUAAGGUACGCGCGACCAGCCACGGUAUCGCCGCCGCCAGUGGCAAGGUCGGCGCCGUCGUGACAUCGUUUGCCUUCAACUCGGCCACCAACACCAUCGGCCUCAACGGGGUCCUUGGCCUGCUCUCGGGCAUCAUGUUCCUCUGCACUUUGUUGACAUACUAUGUGCCUGAGACCAAGGGCCUGUCUCUUGCGGAGAUUGAGGCCGACGGCAUGUACAAGAACAAAAAAGACGAGCGUGUCGAAGUUGCUUCACCAGUUGUCGAAAGAGGCAACAUUUCGGCGGCGCCUAGUUAUAUGAGUGAUUCGGCUGUCGCUUGCAAGGUCUAG